AUGACCCAGCGCACAAAAUUUAUAAUAAAUACAUCCGUCGAAUACUUUUCCGCCCGUUUGCCGGGUUCGGAACUGGAUGAGCAGACGGCUAUGAUUCUGGAGUUUCUGGAACAGGAAGAGCUGACGGUUAUCUCAGCGGUGCACAGCAGACCCGAUGGCAAAAUCCGAUUCCACCAUCGCAUUCCCAAUGAAGAACUCUGCCUGCUCUUCUACAAGGUGCCGCAGAUGGGGCAUAUUCACAAGGAGGGUGGAAGUGAGCCUCUGCUGGGUAUUUUAACACUAGAAGGGGGCAUGGUCAAGUCGAUUUACAAUUCUGUUUCUCGCGUAUUCUCGCCCUCUGCCAACUCGGCCCGGCGUAGCGAAUAUGGGCCCGAGUUGAGCGGAAUUCUGGAGAACUUGCACCAAAACUUGGGAUCCAGCUUGGGAUUACCACAGAGCGGCAUUACGAGUCUGCGAGACGAGAUUAAAUAUUGGCAGCAGAAACUAGGCCAAAAGUCGAGUUCUCGAUUGGACCGCGAGGCUGCUCAAGUGUUCAUUGGUGUUUUGGAAAAUAUAGAAAAACAAAUCAGCACCAUUGACGGGGCCAAUCCGAGUGGCACAAUUGAGGAGUUCCUCGACCAUGCCCACAGCAACCUGGACGAAUUGUGGAGGCUUCCUUACAACUAUCCCCAGCAGAGGAUGACGGACCUGUUGGACAUCAUUGGAAAGCGACUGUUGGAGGUCUGCUUAACUCAAUUGCUGGCCGAAGACGUCUGGAGCCUCAAUUCCAGUCAUGUUAACAAUCUUAUGAGCCAGAGCAUCGAUACUGUGGACGCUUGGAUCCAGCUCUGCGACUCCCUCACCCGUCUAUUUUGGCCAAACUACGUGAAGCACCCGUGGCUUGGAGAUUCGCAUGUGCCUAAGCGAGGACAACUGUUCAAAGAGCGGCUUAGUGAGAUCCGGAGCAUCAAACAGCUAUACAAGCAGAUUGCCACCUUGCUGGAGGAUACCGAGCUACAGGAAAUGUUUCAGGAACAGGCUCCCUUUACAGAAUUCAACAUUUUUGACACAUCCUCGUUGGGGCAGAAUAAAUGGCAUAAGGCUCUGCAGCACUUUGAGCAGGUUCUGCAGCCAAUUGAUGAGCGAAUUGCCGCCGCCCUUAAGGGGCAGUUGCAUAACCACCUGAGUAAUCCACGGCAGGUGAUCUUCAUCUUCUCCAAAUACGAAACUCUUAUCCAGAGACCUGCUGUCCUGGAACUGUUGACCAUCGAAAGGGAGCAGUUUUUGCAAUCGCUGCACAUCCUUUUGCAGGAUCUACGCAAGGCGAUGGUGGAUUCAAAUAUGGAACCCGAUACUGGUCAUCUGUCAGUGAUAUGCAAUGAGUGCCGCUGGUUGAAGGUGGUUCAACAUCAGAUCCAGGAGAUCGAAAAGGUUAGCCAUUUGAUAAGUGGACGGGAGGGUUUCGACAAGAUCAACAAGGCAGUGCAGGAAAUCAAGGAGGAAACCGAGUCCCUGCUGCGUACUAACUUCGAGAUCUGGUCAGGACAGUGCUCCACGGCUGUCAAAAGCGGUGAGCUAAGACUUCGUGACGAUCAGGCGGUGGUAAAGUUCGAGAAAGAGGGUCGCCAGCUGAUGCGGGUAACCUUCAAUCCCAAACUGGUGACUUUCUGCCAGGAUGUGCGCGAAUUUGAGAAUCUAGGCUACAAUGUUCCCCUCGAACUGCGAGCCGCUGCCACCCAUGCAGCCAAAUAUAUGUGCUAUGCCCGCCGAUUGCAGCAGAUCGCCACUUUCCAUAACACGAUCGGCGAUCGGAUGAUCCCCUGCCAACGGCCCAUUAUGUUGAAGAAUGCCUUGGAGCUCCAGCGUUUGGUUCAAAGCGAAACGGUCGCCUGGCAGGACGAGUCCUCCGUUCAGCGCUAUGUUGAUAUCCUACAGGCGGCCGUUUCUAAACUGUCCUCGGAUAAUACACUCCUGGUGGCAUAUCACGAGCAGGCCAAGAGAUCAGUUUUGAAACUCAUGUCCACCGAUCUAUUGACCCAAAACCAAAUUUGGAAGGACGAACUGCGUCACCUUCGUGAACUGGUGGCCACUUUGGAGCGCCAGGGAUACACCCACUUGGAUGCCUUCAAGCUGCACUGGGAUCACCAGCUGUACAAAGUUCUGGAGUACCAGUACAUAUUGGGCUUGCUCGACAUGAACAACAAGUUGCCAGACAUACACGUAAAGCUGGUAUUGCGGCAGAGAGAACUAGUCUUCAGUCCACCGGAGGAGGAAAUUCGGGAGUUGUACUUCAGUCAGCUGAGACGCUUCAUUGAGAGACCCUGUAAUUUCCACGGCUUAUCUGAACACAGUCAGGAGCUCUUCAAAUCCAUGGUCACAGUAAACCGUCAUCACUUUGGACCACUUUACCAAAGGGCAGCUGAACUGUUUGACAAGUUGGAGGAUUUCAAGACCAUCUGGUUGCCCUGGAUAGCUUUGGGAUGUGUGGAUGUGGAUCAGCUCUGUGGGAUUCAUUUAAACGAGGCCGGCGAUUGGGAUCGUAACUUCAGAUCGUGCAAACAUUUUAGCCAACAGUUGGCAAAGCUUCAGCAGGCAGAGGAAUCCAUCGAUUGCAUAGUGAUCAAUGUCCUGCCUUUGAGAUCGGAUAUUGAAUAUAUUAGCAGACGGUACUGGGAGUCUCUGGCAAAUAGCCUGCGAACUGCUAUCAUGACGGAUGUGAGUCUGAUCCAGGAGUUCCUCCAAAGUGCCCUGCAGUUCCUGCAAAAUGUACCCAUGGACGAGGGUAGCAUUAGUCAAUCGGGAAUGAAGUACGAGAAGAUAAUGAGUGAGUUGCCGCAAAUCGAGAAAACUUUGGAUGCGGUUCGAGCAAAGGAUGCCUGUCUGGCGGGCUGGUGCAAGGAAAGGGUCACAGCUCUGUCGGGAAUUCUGCUGCAAUGGGAGCAGUUGCAGCCUCUUCUCGAGAACCAUGCAGUGAUCCUCCAGCGACAAGUGGAUAUGAUCAAAAACCAGGCCGAGACACAACUCCAAAACCUCAAGAACGAGGCCGAGAAAUUUCUACUCAGGUGGGAGUCCACAAUAUCCGAACUAGAGGCCAACGAGCACUCCACUCUGGACGUAUUCAAGGAGCGCAGACUCCAUUGGCAACAAUUGCAAGAGAAGAAGACCCAUCUGCUAGAGGAGUGUUCCAAAUUUAACAUGGCAUUUCCAUCAGAGAUGCUUAUUCCCUUCUCGGAAAUCGAAGAGCAAAUGGAGCAGCAAUCGAAGCAGUGGCAGGUCUACGACAGUUUCCUCACCGAACUGCAGCCAAUUCUUCAGGAGGAUUGGGCCAUCUACAGGCGACGUCCCUACGUCCUGAACGAAUUCAUUGGCAAAUGGGAGGGGUCGGUUCAUGCCUCGAUUGAUUUGCCCUCCAAGAGAAUUCGCCAGCAGGUGGAGCAGCUUCAAUCGGCGCUACCAAUUCUGCAGCAACUGCAAUCGGAUUCUUUGAGUGAACGGCACUGGGCUAGAAUAUUUCAGCUCCUCAAUCACAAGGAAUCCAAGCCACUGCAUUCCAUACUCCUCCAGGAUAUCCUACAGGACUUUCAGGCCCUGCAAUCGGCUGCUCAGGAGAUCAUUAGUAUAGUUCGACAGGCGUCGAGUGAACAGAUUGUGAGGCAGGCUUUGAUUGAACUAGACCAGUGGUCAGUCACGGCCCAAUUAAAAUUGAUCACUAGGACAGAUGCCUCUGGUCAGAGUGUCUCUUUGAUAAAGGACUACCAGGAGGUGCUUAACAAGAUAGGGGACAACCAGUCUCUUUUGCAAUCAGCCAAGAACUCAGCUGCCUUUGAAAGCUUUUCGGAUCAGGCUGAACUUUGGGAAAGUCGCCUAAAUACGCUAGAUUCCCUGUUAAGUAGCUUAAAUCAUUCUCAGAGACGUUGGGUUUAUUUGGAACCUGUCUUUGGGUCCGGGACCCUGCAACAGGAGCAGGCACUAUUUAAACGCAUCGACAAGGACUUUCGAUUUGUUAUGCGUGAAAUCGAGAUGGAUCCGCGGGUCACUUCGCUGACGAAAAUAAACAACAUCACCACCAUCGUCAAUGCUCUGGAGACCCAGCUGGCCAGGUGCCAGCAGAACUUGAUGAGCUAUAUAACCGACAAGCGCAACUCAUUUCCCCGCUUCUACUUUCUGGGCGAUGAUGAUCUACUCGAGCUCCUCGGACAGGCCAGCAAGGAUGCGGAGGUCAUCCAGCGGCACAUCCGUAAACUGUUCCCCGGUUGCCACCGUCUCAGCAUCCGCCAGGUGGGCCCUAAUCCAGCCACAUCCUGCGAUGUCAAUCAGUACAGUAUUACAUCCGUGCACAGUGCUGAGGGCGAUGAGCUCAAGCUAAGUCAGCCCGUCGAGAUGAAGGGCGACAUCGAGAGCUGGCUGAAUCAACUGGUGACUGUGGUGCAGGAUACUCUGAGGGACCAAAUUUACGAGUGCUACACCAGCACCACCGGCGGAAGUGAUAACCUCGACGAGAAAAUCCUAAAAAAGUAUGCCAGCCAGGUGUUGGCCACAGCCAGAGCCCUUCACUUCACCCGCCAGGCGGAACAGGCAAUUGGGGGCAUGUCCCUGGGAAAACUAAAGCAGCAGUUAAAGGAUGAAAUCACCCACCUCGCUGCCCUGAAACACAAGUCCGAGAACGGAACGCUGAUCAGCCUCAAACUAAGAGCCCUUCUCCUGGACUUGGUGCACUACUCCGGUGUGACGGAGCAGCUCCAGAAACACAAUGUGGUGCACACCAGCGAUUGGCAUUGGCUGUGUCAACUCAGAUAUUACCUGGGAAAAAUGGGCGGCACAUCGGGCGAAGUUAAUGCCAAUCGACAAGUUUGCGUCCGCAUGGUUUAUGCCGAAUUUGAAUACGCCUACGAGUUUCUGGGGCAGGCCAGCAAGCUGGUCCACACACGGCUCACUCACCGCUGCUAUCUCAUCCUCACGCAGGCGAUGCACAUGGGCCUGGGCGGUAAUCCCUUUGGCCCGGCUGGCACCGGAAAGACGGAGUGCGUCAAGGCCCUCGGGGCCAUGCUGGGCCGCUUGGUGUUGGUUUUCAAUUGCGACGAGAAUGUGGACACCGAGUCGAUGAGCCUCAUCCUCACCGGUCUGGCGCGCUGCGGAGCGUGGGGCUGCUUUGACGAGUUCAACCGGCUGCAGGAGGCCACUCUGUCGUCCAUCUCCAUGCUUAUCCAGCCCAUCCAGAGUGCCCUGAAGGAGCGGGCCAACAGCGUUCAGAUUGGCGAGCGGCAGAUACAACUCAACCAGCACUGUGGGAUCUUUGUGACUCUGAAUCCCGCCGGAGCGGAGUACGGUGGUCGUCAAAAGCUCCCCGGGAACAUCCAGGCCCUUUUCCGACCCAUUGUGAUGCAGCAGCCGGAGCCAGGCGAAAUCGCCCGGGUUAUGCUGUUUGUCGAGGGCUUUUCCGAGGCCUCCGCCAUCGCAUCCCGCAUCGUGGAGCUGUUUGAACUGAGCGGCAAGAUGCUGUCUGCCCAGCGGCAUUACGACUGGGGACUGCGGGAACUGAAGACGGUGCUCAUGGUGUGCGGAGAAGGUUUGAGGGAUCAAUUAACCAGCGAGGAUAACAACCAGUCCAGUGCUAGCUUGGAGAUGUCGGUGGUGGUUCGAUGUUUGCGUUCAUCCACCAUGUCCAAGCUAGCCCCCCACGAUGUCACUAGAUUUGAGAUGCUGCUCCGGAAUGUUUUCCCAGAGAUUGGCAGCUCGCCGGCGCCAGAAACCCAGCUCCAUCAAUCUCUAUCCGCCGCCUUUGCGCAAUUGGGCCUCUGUCGAAGCGAAAGGCAAAUUGAAAAAGCCUUGCAACUGCAUGAGCAACUGCAAAAACGAAUGGGAGUUGUGUUGGUGGGACCGCCAGGAUGUGGGAAAUCCACCAUCAUGGCACUCCUUAAACAGGCACUGAGUGGAACCCAGCUGAAAGUGCACACCAUCAGUCCAAAGUCAAUGAGUCGGAUUCAAUUGCUGGGACGCCUGGAUGCCGAUACUCGUCAGUGGCAGGACGGAGUACUGACCCACACAGCGGUGGCGGUCAAUCAGGAGCCAUCUCAAGUCCACUCGUGGAUCGUUUGCGACGGCAGCAUCGAUCCUGAAUGGAUAGAGGCACUGAACUCGGUCUUGGACGAUAACAAGCUCCUGACCUUGCCUUCGGGCUGGAGGAUUCAGUUCGGGAGCAAUGUUAACUUUAUUUUCGAAACAGAUGAUGUGAGGCAUGCGUCUCCAGCAACAAUUUCCAGAAUGGGCAUUGUCAAUAUGAGUUACGACUACUAUCCUGCGGACGGGAUUCUUAAACAUGAGCUAUCAAAGGAACCAUAUGGCGACCUGUUGCAAAGUUAUGUGGAAGGGAAUUUCCAAUAUGCUGUCAAUUGGCUGGAAAGUCAACUUUUAUUGGCUCACCUGCCUGGUAUAAAUCGGGCCCACCUUCUGCGCUCUCUACUGCUACAACUUCAUGAUUGUCAAUCUCUGGAGGAAUAUGGAGCAGCCACUCUGCGUGCUCUUUUCGGUUACAUACCUAACGAUCGACAGCGGGAGUUUGCCCAACUGAUUCUAAAACACGCCAAUAUUUACGUGCCUAAUCCUAACUACGCUGAAUUGACUCACUACGAACGCAAUAGAAAUUCCCUAGAGCAAUAUCCGGUGGACGCAAUCGAGACACCAGAAAAAGGAUCCCAGUUAAUAAUUACAUCCUACAUGAAAUCAUACUUGGACAUUCUGGAAACCCUGCUGAAAUCUCAGGGUGCAAGAAUAGCGCCCUUUAUGCUCAUUGGUCCAAGUGGGUCGGGCAAAACCCUGCUCCUUCAAAGAGCGGUGCUGGAGAACUCAGGCUAUCAGUUGGCCACCAUCAAUUGUUCUACUCAACUGACUCCCAGGUAUAUUUUGCACACAUUAAAGAUGCACUGCGUCACAGUGAGUGGCAUCAAGGGAAGGGAGUACCGCCCGAAGCAAGCGAGACUAGUGCUGUUCAUGAAGAACUUAGACCUCUGUCAGCAGGAUUCUUGGGGAGCCUGUGAAGUAGUGGAUCUGCUACUCCAAUUGGCUCAACGAGGAGGCUUUUACGCCGAAAACCUUGAAUGGAUUGGAGUAAGCGGUCUGCAAAUAUGCGCCUCUAUUGGCGGAAACACCGCGAAAAUCGCACCGCGCUACUUUGCCAUCAAUCAGUUUGUGCGAGUUUCCCGACCCACCAGCCAGGACAUGCUAGAAAUCGUCCAGCGGCGAUUGGAACCUCUUUUGGAGGAGCACUUCAGGGGAUCGGAAAAUCGGGGAAGGUCCGGGGUUAAUUUGCAGCACGUCAGCGAGAGCCUAAUGGACUGCUUUGAGAAGCUGCAAGCGACGUUCACCAACGUGGGAGCCAGGCAGGCACACUACCAGUUCAGCCCCAAAUGCAUCAUGAAGCUGCUGGAUGCCCUUGUCUUUUAUCCUGCCAAUUAUUUCAAUGAGGCUCUAAACUGCGAGCUAUUAGGCAUGUUCCGUGACAGAUUGAUUAGCGAAGAGCAUGUCCAGCAGUUCGAGGGUAUACUUAAGCAAACGAUGCGCAAAUACUAUGGCAAGGAGAAGGUCUUUUUCGUUCCUAAAUCUUCAAAGUCGCGGGGUCAUCUACACUGCCUAACCCAUGACGAAUGGAUGGAAGAGGUUCAGCGACAGGUUACUAUUUGCAAUAGCGAAAAUUACACCAUUCCAUCACCCAUCACGGAGGAACUUCUCAGUCACGUAGCAAGAAUAACCCGAGCUCUGUCACGAACCGAUGCCCACAUGCUCAUUUUGGGGCCAUCAGGAGGACGUCAUCUGGAUGCCAUAUUCGCGGCAGCCACAUUUCAGGAGGCCAAGUUGGUUACUCUGCAAGGAGGACCGUCCUACGAUCUCGCCGACUUCUACAAUGAUCUUAAAAUGGCGAUGCAGACGGCUGCCUUGGAGCAGCAAAUGAGCUAUCUGCUUAUCGAGCAUUGUUGGCUAAGUUAUGUUCCGGAUAUAUUGAAGCCCAUAGAAGCUCUGCUCGAGGGAAGUGAGAUCCUAGAGCUUUUUGGCGAGGAUCUGGAGACGGUGGCGAGUACUCUAAAACAGGCGGCACAGCUCGAGGGAUACCAGGAAUCCAUGGGGUCAUACUUCCUAAAGCGUGCCCGUGAGUAUCUCCACAUUAUUAUUGUCUUGGAUCCCAGUAGUGCCAAGACACAUGACUACUUCAACAACUUUCCUGCCCUGCAUCGUCAGAUGGAUUUGCUUUAUUUAAGAGGAGAAUCCAGAGAAACUAUUGCCAUUCUGCCCAAACAAUAUAUUGAGUUGCUAAAUGAGACAAUCGCGGGUGGAGGAGGUGGGCGUUGCAAGGUACCGACUUGCAGUCACUUUGCAGAUAUAUUGGAUGAACUGCCUUCAGAGGAAACAUCACAAAGAUUUUACCAGCUUAUCCGUACGUACUUCCACAUGUAUAACGAUGCAGCCAAUGUAAUCGAUCAGAGAUUGGGUAAACUGCAAAUGGGAGUUGAUAAGUUGGCCUCUGCACACGGCUUAGUGGAUACCCUAAAAUGCAAUGCAGCAGCUCAGGAGCAGGCUUUGGGGGAAAAGCGACAACUAGCCAACGAAGCGUUGGAGAUGAUUUCCUUCACGAUGAGAAAUGCCAAUGAACAGAAAUCCAGCAUGUUGGAGCUUAAACAGCAAACACAAAAGAGCAGCGAGCAACUAAAGAUUCGACAAAAGGAAAUCCAACAGGAACUGGCAGAAGUAGAACCAAUUUUGGCAGAGGCCAGUAAUGCAGUCGGUCAAAUCAAAUCGGAAGCCUUAUCCGAAAUCAGAUCGCUAAGAGCCCCACCAGAAGCUGUGAGGGAUAUUUUAGAGGGCGUACUCCGGCUAAUGGGCAUUCGAGAUACUUCUUGGAACAGCAUGAAGACUUUUCUGGCCAAGAGAGGUGUAAAGGAGGACAUACGAUCUCUGGAUCCAGCGCGGAUUAGUCCCGAAAACUGUGAAGCAGUAGAAAGGCUGCUUCUGGCCAAAGGCGACUCAUACGAGUCCAAGAACGCCAAGCGCGCUUCUGCAGCAGCUGCUCCUUUGGCUGCUUGGGUGCAGGCUAGUGUCCGAUAUUCCAGGGUCAUCCAGAGCAUCAAGCCCCUCGAAAGGGAACAGAAUGAAUUGAAGAAAAAUCUUAAUGCGGCUGAGGACGAAAUGCAAGAGUUGGCCAGUGGACUGGACGAUGUGGAUAAGCGGGUCAAGCAGUUGUCGGCCAAAUUGCAGACGUACACUCAAGAAGCAGCCGUUUUGGAGCUGAAACUCCAAGAGGCAAGUGGAACCUUGCAGGCGGCAGAGCUUUUGGUGGAAAAACUAAGUGCAGAAUACGCCACCUGGAGCCAUCAGUUGACGGAGCUCAAAAAGGCCCACAAAACACUGGACGGAAAGACUCUGUUGAUAGCCAUAGCUAUCAAUUACUACGCGGGUUUUGGCCUGGAACAGAGAUGUUCAUCCCUCAAACGUCUGGCGGCAGAUUUUCAUUUGCCCGACUUCGACCUCCAGAGAUCACUGCUCACGGAGCAGCAACAGAUUAUUUGGGAGAGUCAGGGCCUGGCGCGGGAUGCUCAGAUCAUUGAAAGCGCCGCCCUACUCAGGGAAAUGCUUUCUCUGCCCUAUGGAGCCUGUCCAAUUCCACUGCUUUUGGAUCCCACACAAACUGCGGCGGCUUGGUUAAUGGCCCAUCUUAAAGGAAGUGGAAAACCAUGCGAGUUAACCACUCACGGAAAUGAAAGGCUAUCCUAUCAGUUAGAGCUGGCUGUUCGUUUUGGAAAGACCCUAUUGGUCACUGAUUGCGAGCAACUACGUCCUCCUGUCCUGCAACUUCUGCAGGGCCAUGUUUAUGUGAGGUUCAAUAAGCGACAACUAGCCAUAGGAUCAAAGUUGGUGGAUCUUCACGAGAGUUUCCAGUUGGUUUUGAUAAGCAAAUCUCAUCGUUUGGAUUUGCCAGAAGAGCAAAGGAGUCAACUUAAUAUUCUGAGAUUUACUGUUACAGCAGCUGGCUUGGCCGAUCAAUUAAUGUCCAAAGCCAUUGUCUUAAAAAAUGGGGAGUUGGAACAGCAGAGGGUAGAGUUGCUACAAAAAGAAGGACAUCUUCUGAAGCAGCGAAUGGAAAUGCAAGAUAACUUACUGGAACAACUAUCAAAAUCAGAAGGCGAUAUACUAAAGAACGAGCAACUUUUGCAAAGUUUAAACGAGAUCAAACAAGGCAGUGCUCGAAUAGAUGAGGCCCUUAAGCAAAGUGGGCAAAUAAAGGACACUUUACUAGCUCAUUUUGGUUCCUUAAGAGAACUCAGUACCAGGGCCUCAACAUUUUAUGCAGGCCUCAUCCAGGGUUAUGAAUUAUCCGCUCUAGUUUACAUUGAACUAUUUUUGGGAGCUCUUUCCAAAUGUGACCGAGAUGAGUCCAAGGUCUAUGAAUUCCUUGUAAGAAGUGUUUAUAUGAAUUUAGCCAGAGCUACUUCCAGAGAUAGCCAGCUAUCCCUAUCUCUGUGGGUUUGCCAUCAGGCAUAUCCCGAUAGAUUAAGCCCAAAGGAAUGGGAGCUGUUUGUGAACAAUUUCAUGGGCAGUUCUGAUGGCAGUUUGAUGCUUAGUCAGUUGGGAAAACUGCCCGACUGCAUGCCUAGGGAAGCGCAAUUAAAGCUGGCUAUGUUAGUACAAUUGUUCCCAGAUUUGCGAAGCAAACUCCAGUUGGAGAAGGACUAUAUCUGGCGCGGAUUCAUUGAGGCUCAAGCGGACGAUGUGCUGCCUGCCUUGGGUUCCAGCUUCCAGCGUGUGCUCAUUGCUCAGAUUUUCCGACCCGACUUGAUGCUUCACCAACUGCGAAAAGUGAGCAGCGAUCUGCUGGGAAUCUCCGCAGAUGCCUCCACCCAACCUUCUGUGGAGCAGUUGCUGCAGCAAAGCAGCUGUGAUAGACCGAUUUUGAUGGUUAGUCAUGCGGAAAACGAUCCAACAACUGAAUUGAGAAAGUGGGCCAAUCAAAAGUACAGGGAAAUGGCCAUUGGAAAGGGUGCUGAGAAAAGAGUUAUCGCCGAAAUGCGACAGGCUGCCAUAGAUGGCCAUUGGUUAUGCGUUAAGAAUGUCCAUUUGGCACCUGAAUUUCUAACCCAAAUGGAAAGGGAAUUGAGUGAAAUUCAAAAAUCAAAAGAUUUUCGGUUGUGGCUGCUGUGUGAAUCUACCAAUGGCUUUUCCGAAGCUGCCAUUUAUAAAUGUCUGAAAGUGCGUUAUGAGCAGCCAAAGGGACUCAAGCAGAUUGUAAAGCGUUUGCUCCAGAAUUUCGCUGCUGAACCGGAUCAAAGGCUUAAAAACCAGCCGAAGAGUCUCAAGAUGAGACUCGUUUAUUUUGUUCUAGCAGCUGUACUUCAACAAAGGCGACAGUUUAUACCCCAAGGUUGGUCGAAGUACUAUGAAUUCGGUGAGGCAGAUCUAAAAGCAGCUUUGGGCAUCCUAAAGUUGAUGGAUCAGCAACUUAAUUCGGGAAAAUGCGAUUGGUUGCUGCUCCAACGUCUCAGUGAAGCGCUUGCUUUCGGCGGAAGAGUAAAUAAUCAGAGGGAUUUGGAGAUACUCAGGAGCUAUCUGAAGCAGUUUUGUUCAGCGGAUGUUUUAAGCAGUCGUUGGUCGCCCCUUGGAUUAACCCUAUCCAUACCAACCAGUGGUCAACUGCAGGACUACUACGCUGCAUUGGAGAAACUUCCUGACACAGAUGAGCCCAGUAUGUAUGGUUUGGCCAAUCAGGCACAACAGCAACGCGAAAUUGAAGAGGCUAAACGAGUUAUAAAGGAACUCAGGGGAUUGCAUUACGGAAGAGGUUCGGCUAAAGAUUCAGGAGGACCAGGAGAGUCCAAGGGAAGCAAUCAGCUUACUAGUCGUCAGAAGCUGGAGCAGCAAAUUAAACCCUUACUGAAUCUGUGGAGGAAAUUGGCUGCAUCGUGUACCAUAAUCCAGACUAUGAAGGAGGCAAAAGCCGAUGUCGGCGAAUCUCCAUGGGCCCUUUUUGUGCUGGCUGAACUGAAACUGGGGGCGGAUCUGUACGGCAUAGUUCACCAGGCCUUGUCACAGUUGCAUGCCUGGCUAAAGGACUCGCAGGAUGUGGAUGGCAACACUCUGAGAGCUCUGGCGGAACAACAGAUUCCUGCCAGUUGGCUUAAGCUGUGGUCUGGCCCUGGCAGCAACAGUGCCGUGGACUUUCUAAGAGCCCUAAUCGUUCGAGCCCAGGCUGCCGAAAGUCGAUUCCGCGAGCAACUGCAUCUGGAUUUUUGCGAGGAAAUCAAUUUCGUCCAGGUGUUUAACUGUGAGAACCUUUUGGCCUGUUUCAAGCUGUUGCAGUCUCAAAAUCUGUCAAUUUCCACUGAACGUCUGGAGUUACAAACUUGCGGGUCCUCAAGCUUGGAAAAUGAUUCAUCGGAUACAAUACUUAAGCUGGCGCCUCUAAAGAUUGAUGGCGCCCAUAGUGGAAUGGAAAAGUCGAACCCUUUCUACAUCAAGUACAAAAUAAGAGAAGAUGUCAGUCAAGCGACUGCCAGUUCCUCAAAAUACGGAAAAAACUCGCUGUAUCCCACCCAAAAUGCAGAAUCGAAGCCAAAACUGCCUCUAUAUUCUCGGAGCAGUCGCGACAAACUGAUUUGCCACUUGAAUGUUGAUAUUGUGACGGGAACGGCGGAGCAAAUUCUCUUAGCUGGAACUGCGCUAAUCGUCGAAGAUUAUUAGAAAGCACUUAUUAUUAUUCUCUUAAGAAUAUACUUGUGUAGAAACCAGAAUAAGUUAGACUGACACUUGAAAAUUAAGCAAUUCACCUUCCCAAAUAUCAAA